CAGGAUGGAGCCCUCCCAGCCUGGAGAUCAACCCACCCGCUCGACGGGUGGAGCCCACCCCGCAAAUCCCGGCUUCCUUUGCAGCGGUGAGCUGAGCGGCAGGCGGGGCUCCGACCCGGGAGGCUCGGGAGGCGGGGGGUACCGACCCGGGCCGAAAGAGCCGAACCGGAGGCUCGGGACCCAAAGCGGCCAGCGGGCGAAGGGAGGAGCGCCGGGAGGAAGAGGCCGAGCCGCGGAGCACCGCCCCGGAGGAAGGGGAGGAGGCCGGGUGUUUCCUGGUGCAUUCCCGACCCGCCCCAGUGACUCAUUGGGGGUAGGAGAGCUCCCCGGGCCCGCCCUGGACGAGCGAAGGCGGCGCAGACCAGUAUGGCUGCCCAAGUGACACUAGAAGAUGCGCUGUCCAACGUGGACCUCCUGGAGGAGCUGCCUCUGCCUGACCAGCAGCCCUGCAUCGAGCCUCCACCUUCCUCCCUGCUCUAUCAGCCCAACUUCAACACCAACUUUGAAGACAGAAAUGCAUUUGUCACGGGCAUUGCAAGAUACAUUGAACAAGCGACUGUCCACUCUAGCAUGAACGAGAUGCUGGAGGAAGGCCAGGAGUAUGCUGUCAUGCUCUACACCUGGAGGAGCUGCUCUCGAGCCAUCCCUCAGGUGAAGUGCAACGAACAGCCUAAUAGAGUUGAGAUUUAUGAGAAGACGGUGGAAGUCCUUGAACCAGAGGUCACAAAACUGAUGAAUUUUAUGUACUUCCAGAGAAAUGCCAUCGAGCGUUUCUGUGGGGAAGUGAGACGCCUGUGUCACGCAGAGAGGAGGAAGGACUUUGUGUCCGAAGCCUACUUGAUCACUUUGGGCAAAUUCAUCAACAUGUUUGCCGUGCUGGACGAGCUGAAGAACAUGAAGUGCAGCGUGAAGAAUGACCACUCUGCGUAUAAGAGGGCUGCUCAGUUUUUACGUAAAAUGGCAGAUCCACAGUCCAUCCAGGAGUCCCAGAACUUGUCCAUGUUCCUGGCCAACCACAACAAGAUCACACAAUCUCUGCAGCAGCAGCUUGAGGUCAUCUCUGGCUAUGAAGAGCUCCUGGCGGACAUCGUGAAUCUCUGUGUGGAUUACUACGAGAACAGAAUGUACUUGACACCCAGUGAAAAGCACAUGCUUCUCAAAGUCAUGGGAUUUGGCCUGUACCUGAUGGAUGGGAGUGUCAGUAACAUCUACAAACUCGAUGCCAAGAAAAGAAUCAACUUAUCCAAAAUAGACAAAUACUUCAAGCAGCUGCAGGUGGUUCCCCUGUUUGGAGAUAUGCAGAUAGAACUGGCGAGAUACAUCAAGACCAGUGCUCACUAUGAGGAGAAUAAGUCCCGGUGGACCUGCACGUCCUCAAGCAGCAGCCCGCAGUACAACAUCUGUGAGCAGAUGAUCCAGAUCCGGGAGGACCACAUGCGCUUCAUCUCUGAGCUGGCACGCUACAGCAACAGUGAGGUGGUCACCGGGUCUGGCCGGCAGGAGGCCCAGAAGACAGAUGCUGAGUACCGGAAGCUCUUCGACCUGGCUCUGCAGGGCCUGCAGCUUCUGUCGCAGUGGAGCGCGCACGUGAUGGAAGUGUACUCCUGGAAGCUGGUCCACCCCACCGACAAGUACUCCAACAAGGACUGCCCGGACAAUGCUGAGGAGUAUGAGCGCGCCACGCGCUAUAACUACACCACCGAGGAGAAGUUUGCCCUGGUGGAGGUGAUCGCCAUGAUCAAAGGCCUGCAGGUGCUGAUGGGCAGGAUGGAGAGCGUGUUCAAUCACGCCAUCAGGCACACUGUCUACGCUGCCCUGCAAGACUUUUCCCAGGUGACCCUCAGAGAGCCACUGAGACAGGCCAUCAAGAAGAAGAAGAACGUCAUCCAGAGUGUUCUGCAGGCCAUCAGGAAGACUGUGUGUGACUGGGAGACUGGGCACGAACCCUUCAACGACCCAGCUCUGCGGGGCGAGAAGGACCCUAAGAGUGGCUUUGACAUCAAGGUGCCACGGCGUGCUGUGGGACCCUCCAGCACACAGCUCUUCCUGGUGCGCACUAUGGCUGAGUCCUUGAGCUCUGCCGAGCUGCAGAGGCAGCUCAAGUCUCUGGGCAUGGAAAGGCUCUUGCAUGUGGUAAACGCGUUUCUGAGGCAGUCGUACACCUAUCCACCUCUCUUAACCUUUGGUGGUAAGACAUCCUUCGUUUUUCUUGUUGAUGCUUAUGGCACGGAGGUGAGCUGCUCCUCUACACAGAGUUCGUCCCAGGAAGCGGCAUCUUGGCUCUGCGGACCCAGGCCCUCCGGACAGCCUCUCUCUGGCAGGCUGAUUGCGGGCAUGGGAUUCAGCCAAGGUGUAGUGGAGCAGGUCUUCUUCUAGAUUUUCCCGUUUGUUGUGACUAAUGUACCGUUUAUAUUUUUUCCCCUACAAAUACCUCCUUGGAUAACACAGCUUUACAUGGUGAGAACCAUGCUAGAGUCCCUCAUUGCAGACAAAAGUGGUGCCAAGAAAACCUUGAGAAGUAGCCUUGAGGGGCCCACCAUAUUGGACAUAGAAAAGUUCCAUCGAGAGUCCUUCUUCUACACACACUUGAUAAAUUUCAGUGAAACACUGCAGCAGUGCUGUGACCUUUCCCAGCUGUGGUUCCGAGAGUUCUUCCUGGAACUGACCAUGGGCAGGAGGAUCCAGUUCCCCAUUGAGAUGUCCAUGCCCUGGAUUCUGACUGACCACAUCCUCGAGACCAAGGAGGCGUCCAUGAUGGAGUACGUCCUCUACUCCCUGGAUCUGUACAACGACAGCGCCCACUACGCGCUCACCAGGUUCAACAAGCAGUUUCUCUAUGACGAAAUCGAGGCGGAGGUGAAUCUAUGUUUUGACCAAUUUGUUUACAAACUGGCAGACCAGAUAUUUGCGUAUUACAAGGUUAUGGCAGGAAGUUUGCUUCUCGACAAACGGUUACGAUCAGAAUGCAAAAACCAGGGCGCCACGAUCCACCUGCCGCCGUCCAACCGCUACGAGACGCUGUUGAAGCAGAGACAUGUGCAGCUGCUCGGAAGAUCCAUUGAUCUCAAUCGUCUGAUUACGCAGCGUGUCUCAGCGGCCAUGUAUAAAUCUCUAGAAUUGGCAAUCGGGCGGUUUGAAAGUGAAGAUUUGACGUCAGUGGUCGAGCUGGAUGGCCUCUUAGAAAUCAAUCGCAUGACACACAAGCUGAUGAGCAAGUACCUCACACUGGACAGCUUUGACGCCAUGUUCCGGGAAGCCAACCACAACGUGUCUGCGCCUUAUGGAAGGAUUACCCUCCAUGUCUUCUGGGAGCUGAACUACGACUUCUUGCCCAACUACUGCUAUAAUGGCUCCACCAACCGAUUUGUUCGGACAGUAUUGCCAUUUUCUCAGGAAUUUCAGCGAGACAAACAGCCCAAUGCACAACCCCAGUACCUGCAUGGAUCCAAGGCUCUGAACCUGGCCUACUCCAGCAUUUACGGCAGCUACCGGAACUUUGUGGGGCCUCCUCAUUUCCAGGUCAUCUGCCGGCUGCUCGGCUACCAGGGCAUCGCGGUGGUCAUGGAAGAGCUGCUGAAGGUUGUCAAGAGCCUGCUGCAAGGCACGAUCCUGCAGUACGUGAAGACCCUGAUGGAGGUGAUGCCCAAGAUCUGCCGCCUUCCCCGCCAUGAGUACGGCUCUCCUGGUGAGCAAGGGAUGCAAGAAUGUCACCCAAAGUCCUUAGACGUGUACUUCUGGGCCAACCUGCAUGACCUCCAGGCCGGUUCUUUAGAAGAAGUGUGUGACCUGUUGCAUGCAGCCCCAUUCCAGAACAUCUUGCCUCGAGUCCACGUGAAAGAGGGGGAGAGAGUUGAUGCGAAAAUGAAAAGACUAGAAUCCAAGUAUGCGCCCCUGCAUCUUGUCCCACUGAUUGAAAGGCUGGGAACCCCACAGCAAAUUGCAAUCGCAAGAGAAGGGGACUUACUGACCAAGGAGCGACUUUGCUGUGGUCUAUCCAUGUUUGAGGUCAUCCUGACACGGAUCCGGACCUUUCUGGAUGAUCCCAUCUGGCGUGGGCCUCUGCCCAGCAAUGGGGUCAUGCAUGUGGAUGAGUGUGUGGAGUUUCACAGGCUGUGGAGCGCCAUGCAGUUUGUGUACUGCAUUCCCGUGGGGACACACGAGUUCACAGUGGAGCAGUGUUUUGGAGAUGGGCUCCACUGGGCUGGCUGCAUGAUCAUUGUACUGCUCGGACAGCAGCGCCGCUUUGCAGUGCUGGAUUUCUGCUACCAUCUUCUCAAAGUCCAGAAACAUGACGGCAAAGAUGAGAUUAUCAAAAAUGUGCCACUGAAGAAGAUGGUGGAGAGGAUCCGGAAGUUCCAGAUUCUCAACGAUGAAAUCAUCACUAUCCUGGACAAGUACUUGAAGUCUGGUGAUGGGGAGAGCACGCCCGUGGAACACGUCCGCUGCUUCCAGCCGCCCAUCCACCAGUCCCUAGCCAGCAGCUAAGGGCUAAGCUCACGGCAUUCUGUAACUGACGGCAUGUUUGUCUUUAUGUUAAUUAUAUUGACAUUUUUAGGGACUAUUUUGAACCUACUUCCGGGGGUGCUUUUUGAUCUGAAAGCUUAACUUUAUAAAACUUAUUUUUCUAAACUAAAACUUGUAUAUGCCUUUGGAAUUGGGAAGUAUGAGAAUACUGGUUGCCAGUUGUUGCCAUUCAUUACUAUGAUGGUCUUAACAGGUAUUUUUUUAUGUUGAAUGUUCCAGUAGCUAGUUAUAAAAUACUGAAUUAGCCUGUAAGAAGCAUAACGCCAACUAACUGUAUUUUAAAAAUUCCCUACCAAUUUUUAUUAUACUUAAUGAGUAGCUGUUUUGUUUAGGGGUUUUUCUGACGGUCUUUUAGGAAAUCUUUUCUAAGUCAUUGCUCCCUUUUAUGCCAAGAGUGAAAUUGUUUCCUCUGCUUCCACCAAAUCCAGUAAUGUCAGUCUGAUUUGUAAGAUAUGACUUACAGAUUAGAGAAAUAAAAGUUAAUGUAAUCUGUU